CGUGUCAAAUAAAAAGAAAAUCUGUGAAUCGUCUGCGGAUUGUUUGGUCUAGCGGCAAUUUUUUUACUAUUAUUUCCUCAAAAUUCAAUCCAAAUUCCAUUAGGUUUCGAUUUCCUUAGUUGGUGCAAAGUAGACGGAUUGUGAGGAAGGUGUUUUCCACUUGUUUGAAGCCUUGUAUGAAUGGAUAAAUGAGUUCCAAAUUUGUUGGCGGCGGUGUGCGAAUCAUCACUUCUCAUCCAAGCCGUCAUCAAGACGAGUAGAAUCAUCAUUCGCUGGUGCUUCGGGAGGUGGCAGCAGAAUACCGUAACAGGGCAGUGUCGCCUGUUAUCCGCGCCCCUCGAAAUCAACAACCAUGGAGUCCGAAUACUACGAUGACGAACCGCAACAGCAGCAGCACCCACCGAAGAAAUCUGCGAAGCAGAACAAUGCUUUGCCGCUAUGGGGAAACGAAAGUACAAUGAAUCUAAACCCACUGAUCUUGGCGAACAUACAGGGGUCCAGUUACUUCAAAGUGUCCUUGUUUAAACUGAAGACUUAUCACGAAGUGGUAGAUGAGAUCUACUACCAGGUCAAACAUCUUGAACCCUGGGAGCGAGGGUCGCGUAAAACAUCCGGCCAAACUGGAAUGUGCGGUGGGGUUCGAGGAGUUGGAGCUGGAGGAAUCGUUUCAACCGCCUUUUGUUUGCUCUACAAACUGUACACUUUACGUUUGACGAGGAAGCAGGUCAAUGGACUUCUUACCCACGGCGAUUCGCCGUACAUAAGAGCUUUAGGUUUUAUGUAUCUAAGAUUCACGCAACCUCCAGCUGAUUUAUACGAUUGGUACGAGUCGUAUUUGUUAGAUGAAGAGGAAAUUGAUGUAAAAGCUGGAGGUGGCCAGACUAUGACAAUCGGAACAAUGAUCCGCCAGUGGCUGACAAAACUGGAUUGGUUCUCUACGCUGUUCCCGCGAAUUCCGGUACCAAUCCAGAAGCAGAAUGAGUCUAAACUGGAGAAAUUCGCUCGGGAGAACAAUGUCACGUUUUCCGAUCCGGUGAACGAUCGCUACAAUAAGGCAAAUUCUCAACGCUACGAACGCCCGACUGGGAGCACACGUGGCGAUUAUGGCGAACCGAGUCGUGUGAAAUACACGGGCCAUUGCGAUCGUGAUAGCGAACCGACGCGAUCGGCUGCCCGCUUCGAUCGCGAUGACGAUCUACGUCGGGGAAGGGAUCGUGAACGCGAGAGAGACAGAGAUCGCGAUAGAGACAGGAGAGAGCGGGACAGAGACUACGACCGCGGUCGGGAGCGAUACCGCGAAAAGCGAUCCAGAUCAAGGGAUCGCGACCGUCAACGCGAUCGAGAUAGGGAUUACGAACGACGGCAUCGUUAGGUAUUGUAAUUGAGCACAUGAUUUCGUAUGUACUCGUAGACAAAAUUGCACACUAAACGCGAAACACUUUAAGAAUGCGACAAGAGUGUAUAGAAUGCUAACUUAUUUCCGAUCAUUUGAUAAAGUUUUAGAAUGAAGCCGAUUAGUUAAAAGCGAAAAUGAAUUUCGGAGAUUUUAAAGAAUCCCAAGUAUGCAUUGCUUGGUAUAGAUUAGAAUGGCACCAUUUACCUGGGAAUAGAAUCGAUCUGAACCAGUCCGGAGUUCAGCAGAUUGUUCGUUAUCUUCAAGACAAACUAGAAUACUGAGUACCUUUAUGCAGGCGAAUAGCAGCAAACUUCAUUACGGGAUACAGAUGUUUACUUUCAUUUCCUUUUAUUGUUUUAUCUCACAUUUACUUUACACUUACCUCAUAAUCUACAGCUACAAUUACAGUAAAAACAGUUAAACCGCACUUAUUAGUCUUCACCGGAAGCGACGGUAAAUCACAAUGCCUUGCAAAAUCGGACAACAAGUUAAUCAUGUUGCUGUUAGUAGGUUUUACGAUGUACUUUGUUGUGUAUUCACUGCGCACGCACUGCAAUUUACAAUCAAACGGGUAGAGAAGAAAUCAAAAGUUGUCCUCUUUUGCACUAUGGAUGUGAUGCACUUCGCUCCGGUGCAGUUCUCAAUGCGUAACGUCUCCACACUCAAAUAUUUCUCAUACAUAUUUCUACUCUACAAUCUACGCGUCCAUGAACGCGAAAGUCGACAUGAACACAUUCAAUGGAUGCAAUGUUGUCGUCACCUUACAUUAAUUAAUACAGCAGUAAAAGCAAACCACGAAGUGUUUCUCUACCUCAGAUACGAUAAAUAAGCAUGCAGCUCGUACGUGUCCAUUGAUUUGUAAGGACUUUCGUAGUUCCACUCUCGAGUUUUUCUUCACCCUCUCCAACAGAUUAAAAAUAAACAGUAAUUACGUUAGGAAGUAUGCUAAGGCAAAAUGCGGCAAGAUUCUAUUCGUUUGUUUUCGAUUGACUUAAAAUCUAGUUUGUAAGGUUUAAGGUGUAGGUAUUUUAUAGAGCAUUAAAGAAGGUCCAGUUUCACACAAGCAUGCAGAAUAUCAGUUGUGCGAAUGAUCAUGAAACAGACAACGGCUCAGGUUUUACUCAAAAGACACAACCCAACAAUAGUUACGGCACAUUCUGAGAAGUAGAUACCGGCGUGAAAGAGACUGUAAACGGUUAUUGAUUCAAACGCGAUGCACAGAUUAGCGUAUAAGCAUUGCACCUGUGUAGGGCUAAAGAGUGACUGUCUUGCGUUGAAUAUUGAUUCAAGCUCAUACCAUUCUUCACCAAACAACAUAUUGCAUUAGUUUUGUCUCCGCAUGAGUGAGUUUCGAAGAAUUACGCAUCGCCGAACGAAUGUAGUGGGUAAGAUGAACCAAGAAUAAUUGUGUAAAGCGUGGGACUAUAAAUAUCACUGAAAUUACACAUGAGAAGCAAAUAAAGAGCUGUACUAGCGACGUUUCGGAA